ACAUCCAUCCUCAUCUUGUUACAAUGGCCGAAGAAUUCAACAACCUUCCCGAAGGUUGCAUUGCCACUAUUCUCUCCUUAACAUCUCCGAGGGAUGCUUGCAGGCUUUCUCUCGUUUCAUCCACUUUCCAAUCCGCCGCUGAAUCCGACGCUGUCUGGCACAAGUUUCUGCCUUCCGAUUUCCACACCCUCCUUUCCCAAUUUCCCUCCUCAUCUUUCCCUUCCAAGAAACACCUCUAUCUCCACCUCUGCCAGAAUCCCCUCCUCAUUGAUAAUGGCAAAAAGAGCUUUCAACUAGAUAAAAUGUACGGAAAAAAAUGCUACAUGUUAUCAGCCAGAACUCUCUUCAUUGUAUGGGGAGAUACUCCCAGGUAUUGGGCUUGGACUUCUCUACCAGAUGCCAGGUUUUCUGAGGUGGCUGAGCUUGUGAGCGUGUGUUGGUUGGAAAUUCGGGGCUGGAUAAACACUGGCAUGCUGUCCCCCAAGACACUAUAUGGGGCAUACCUUGUGUUCAGGCCAAGCCCUGCAGGAAUCUACGGGUUCGAUUACCAGUCAGUUGAAGUGUCUAUUAGAGUUGCUGGAGGUGAAGUUUCCAAGCGAAUCGUUUACUUGGAUGCUGAAAGAGGACGCAGGCUAAGGUACCAGAUUGUUCCUCGUCGCAUAUUCAAUCGUGCACGUUUUCUUACCGGAUUUGAGGCACCCCCAGCAGAACAUAACAGCAAUAACAAUAGUAACAACAACAGAAACAACAACAGUUUUGAUUUUCAGUAUCCAAACAUCAACAAUAACAACAGGAACAACAACAGUUUUGAUCUUCAGUAUCCAAAGGAAAGAGGAGAUGGGUGGAUGGAGGUGGAAUUGGGAGAUUUCUUUAACGAUGGGGAAGAUGACAAGGAAGUGGAAAUGGGUGUCUGUGAGAUCAAGAGUGGUGAUUGGAAGGGUGGCCUUAUUGUUCAAGGAAUCGAAAUAAGGCCUAAAACAGUACUCCAUUAGUUAAGUCUCUGUUCAUGUUUUGCUUCUCGUACAAAUGUUCUCUUCGAUUGUGUUCAAUUUUGAAGCUUCCAUAGGUAAACCAAAUUGUUGCCAUGCUAAUGAAUUGUUUGAACUCGAUUUGGGGAUUUCUUUGUUCCUUAUGUCCUGCUACACUGAUUUAUGUUUAUCUUGUAAAACAUUUUAUACUUCAGUUGUCAAUAUUAAUAUCAAAUAGGUAAGAUUUUGUCAGAA